AUGAAGAACAAACUCGCAGCAGAGUUGAGCGGCGGCCCAAACCGCUCGCCACUUCGCUCCCCCCCGAGGAACGAACGUAAUGAGAGGAGUUACCUUAGAGAGGAAGACAUAUUCCUUUAUAACAAGCCUAAGGAUUUGAUCUACUAUUCGGCUAAGCCCAAACCAUCAAAUGGUAGCCCCUCAUCAAACGAGCUGAGCAUGAACCGAACGGAGCUGAAAAAGAAAAGUGAUGACUUGGUCGUUACUCACGUUUUGCAAAAUGAGGGAAAUGAUGUGAUCUCUUGUAGGGGGAUGUCACCAGAGGUGGGAGCUAAGGCCAGGAAAAAUUACACCGGUGAGGAGAAGGGCAUCACGGGGAGGGGAAAAGAACCCGUCUUCGGAAGGAACGACUCGUUAGGGAGCAAAUUCCGCCAAGGGUAUAUCCCCCCCAGGGGCAACCACCACGAAGGUGAAUAUCACCCCCAUUUGAGCGGCAAAAUGGAUGGUACUUCAUAUGACAGGGAGAAACGAAUGGCACUGCGAAUGCAUUACCAAAUGGGGGAUCCCCCAAUGGGGGACCCACUGCAGUCUUUGCACCAAAGCAGGGGGGAGAAAAUCCCAAAUGAAGGGGCAAGCAUCCUCCCGUCCAGGCUUAUAAAAACAGAAUGGGCUGCAAAUCCAAUAGGGGGCAGGAAAAACACCCACCAGGAGGAAACCCCGCAUGAUGCUAUCAUCACAAAAGAGGUGCACAGAAGCAGUAACUACUCCUUCAUCGACCAGAGCGACGCACCGGAGAGGAGCCACAUGAGUGAAGUGGAAAGAAAAAAAAACGGCACCCAAGGCAGCAGCGGAAGUAGCACCACAAGGCACAGGGGACAUUUGUCAAAUUUGCCACAUUUCGGAACCCUAUCGGAUAAAGAGGUGGAAGAUGCGGAAGAUGCAGCCGACUUCAGCACCGCCAGUGUGAUGGGAUCAAACGACCCGAAGAAGAGCACGCAGCUACGAAGCUGUCUUAAUGAAGGCGCACUGAGAAGGGCAAACGACUCGACAAAUGAAGAUGAUGCCCAAGGCGAGGUGCACAAAUUUAACAACACGGAGCAGAGUCUAAGUGACCUAAUUAGAGCCUUUCAGUUGAAGAGAGCCCAAAAUUUGGGUGCCCCAUCGGGUAGCACCCCCGAGGAUAGCAACACAGAGAAUGGCAGUGCUGCCCCAAAAAAGGAGACGCCCACCCGUUUAGACAACUGCAAUAAUGCUAAUAAGGUAAGGGUGGCCGAAAAAUGGGUCAAGCGUUAUGAAGCCCCACCUCAGGGUAUCGCACAGAAGGGAGAAGAACUCGGGGAGAUGAAAAAGGGAGCCACCUUAAAAAUGAGCCACAAUAAGUUGGUGGUGAGCCCAUCCAAAUGGGUUCCAAAGGACCCAUUUAACAAACCGAAGAGGAGCAUGUCGGACGAUAAGACCUCUCCCCUAUGUAAUAGGAGCGGUUUGGCAGACCCGAUGGACACAUAUGGGUCUACUCAUCAGGGUGAAAGCAAAUUGGGACACCCCGAAAAUAGGGGAAAGGACCAAAUGGGUUACUACCCACCUAGGGAAACAAAUAGAAUCGAGUUUGACGAAGAGGGAGGAGAUGAGUAUCACCUGCUGAACCAUCAAAACGGUGAAAGUACCAAUGGCUCCUGCUUUGUGCAGGGAGAAGGGGGGCCAUACGAAAAGGUGCAAUUCAUCCCCGCAAACUGCAUCAUCAUAAAUGGGGAAGAAUAUCAUCCAUUUGUGGAAGUUUUAAAAAAUGAGCAACUGAUUGACAGCCAGGAGAAUCUCACCUACCCUCUGAUGUCUCAGUUUAUGCAGCCAUUUGUGGGGAGCAAAGGGGGGGUUGGAAAUGAGGACUCCAAUUGUGGCUCCUUUGUAGAGAGGGAAAGCUGCACGGAUGAGGACUUCCUUCACCAGAAGGAUAAGCUAAGUAGAAGCAUCAACUACAUUAGGCAAAUUAAGAAGGCCAAUGAGCAAGCGAGGUACGCCGAUUCGAUGGAGGAAAAGGGGAAGAAGAACAGACAAGGGGAGGAGCGUGCCCGGGGGGAAGACGAGCCAUACUUUGUGUCCCCUCGUUUUGGCACACUCAGCCAGGAAGAGGUGGAAGAGGAGAGCCAGUCGAACCACGUGAGAGAGGCACCCUCCUGGGGAGAGAAAAAGAACAAAAGAGUGAACCCUCUGCUGUUGGCCAAGCGCCAUUUACGGGAAGGGUUACUAAAUAACGCAAGAAAGCAGGGCAACCCGAAAAAUGGAAGGAGUGGCAACCCAAACUGGGCGCUGAAAAACGGGCGUGGCGCGCUGCCUCAAAAAACGGGCAAACCGGUGGAAACGCCGCCCAAGGAUAGGCGAGUCGAGUUGGUGCAAAAUGGAGACCUAGCCCGGGUGCACCUGAAUGGUGAGAAGGUAGACACUUCGAAUCGGCCGAAUGGUCCUAAUCGCCCCAACCGCCUCAACCGCCUCAACCUCUCCGAUUCGCCAAACUCAACUGAGCUAAAGCGCACGGGGGGGAUCUGCAAAAGUGGGGCAAACGGCCGGGCGAACGCCAAGAAGGAAGACUCCCCCAUGAAGCGCGACCAUGUGAAGGACGAAAAGUGCGCAAAAAAACAGACAAACACAACAUUGCGUAGGUGCCCCAAAAUAGGAAGCAAAAAAAAUGACACCAACAAACCGAUUAAGAUAAAAUCCCACUUCAUUUCUAAGCAAAAUAAUAUUCCUAUGUAUGCAGUAUCGAUGCGUAACGAGCCACUUAAGUCGGUCAAAAUGGCCAAGGAGGAACGGCCACAAAGGCACCACAACGGGAGGCAGCAGUAUGGAAGCCAGCAAUGUGGAAGCCAGCAAUGUGGAAGCCAGCAGUAUGGGAGCCAACAAUACGGGAGCCUGAACAGGACAGGCAAAAUUAUCUGCGAAAGGAAAAAAAUGAAGAGCAAAGACAAGUCCAUUCUUUUCCAAAAGGGGGACUCUAAAAAGGACACACAUCAGGAUACUCCAGUAGAAGCAUCCGAAAAGGAUGACAAAAAUAAAAUUUACAACAUUCCUUCCUGCCAUAGCUCCAGCUCCUUUGACCACCGUCCUAUUCACUCCCUCGAUAGCUCCAACCUGAGCUGCGACUCGCAGGAGACGCAACAGGUUAGCACCCUGGCCAGUGUACGCAAACAGAAUUUUGCCAAAAUGAAGGAAAUGGUCUCCCGAGAAAGGGAAGCUGUGAGGAGAAGCGCCAUCGUUCCGUACCCCAAAAAUGGGGCACGCGGUGGGAAGGACAAGUGGGAAAACAAAAGGGAAGGCAAGGGGGAAGCCAAAGGGGAACCCAAAAGGGACCCCCCUAAGGAAGCGACCCCCAAAAGAAACGCACUCUGUAGGACGAAGAACGUAGCGCCCAUUGAGACCCCCAUCUGUGGCAGGCACGAGAUAGGGAAGGGCACGAAGGGCAUAAUGGGGGGCAACCUGACGCACAACUCUGUAGGGACUCAACUGGUGGAAGCCCACAAAGCAGAGGAUCACAACAAAAGUGCCCGCAAACCAAUUUUGGCAAAAAAAAACAAAAGGGAAAAAUACCCUCUCGAUAUAGAAGCCUCCUACAAGUGCAAAAGCAUUUACAUAAAAAUUAAUGUAGACACAAAUAAUGAAGAGCUACUCAAACAUACACAGCAGAAGCUGCCAAAAAGAAGCCUAGAAUUUAAAUUAUUCACAACCAAGUUUGUUAAUGGCUUCAUCAAAUCGACCGAAUCUAAAAUUUAUAACUCUUCAAGUAUUAUUUUGCAAAAUGCAGAGACUGACGUUUUUUACAACAUCACAAUUCACGUCUACAGCAGCGUCGUGUCUAGCCUGUGGCUCUACGGGUCCGCUUCGUUCUAUUUGACAAAAUUUAACGUUGAACGGUUUAAGCUGAAAAUGCCUUCUUCGGUCACCUUUAACAAAGAAGGGGAUAUCAGUAGUGGGGAAAGAAGUGCUCCAAAAGGGGUGCCAUCCAGCGUAUUAGCCGGGGAGAGGAACGGCGAGUCUAAAGGUGCCUCGCAAAGAGGUGAGCCAAAAAUCGACUCGCAGAACACACCCGAGAAGGGCAAACAUGGCGAACCCCUCUUCUUUACAAACGCGGAGGGACAAAACACACAGGAUUAUCUGCUGGACGAGGAGGUGAAAGACAUCUCCCUCGAUGGCCACUCCUCCAGCUCCUUCGACGAUGACCUUUCUUCCGACGAAAGCGACGUCGGGAUGGAACAUGUGAACAUCGGCACCAAUUUAGGAGGCUCCCCCAAUUUGGCACUUCAGCGCAGCGGUGGUCACAGUGACCAUGAUGGUGAUGAGCAGGCAACUCCUCAACGGGAUGACCGGGCAAUUCCUCAACGGGAUGACCCCAGCCAAAGAAACAACUGCACACACAACGAAGGUGCCGUCGGCAGCUCCACCUAUGACGAACUGAUCCUAAAUUUCCACGAGCUUAACAAAAGUAAAAUGAAGAAUGAAUUCCAAAAUGUUCGGUGCGGUAAGGGGGACUCUCCCACAUCUGCAGUAGCGGAGAAGGAUACAUCUAACGGUGAGGAAGAAGACACCCUUCAACAUUAUCACCGGGUAUCAUCGCGUGAACAACCCAGUGGAGGUGAAGUUCCCCCAGCGGAGCAACCCACUGCGAGCUACCCACCUGCAACCGUUAAGGAGGAGAACCACCGUGUAGAAAAACCCCCCCACUUUGACAGCUACUUAGACGAAAAUAGCGAGGGGAAUUUAAAAUUUACCAAAUUUUUGAUAGAAAAGGGGACCCAUAAGAUAAUCCCAGAUUCGACUAAACUGGUUUCAAGUGCCUCACUAGUGAAGGAAGACACAAGUUGUUGUUCCUUUGUACUUUCGAGCGCCCGCUCCUUUAAGGAUUCCCACGAGAGUGGCAGCGGGAGUGAAGAACCCCAAAAGGGGAAACGACCACCUGGUGGGGGGCCACCCCUCAAGAGGGACAAUAACAAUUUGAAAACAAACUUCUUUAGAAGCUGUGCGUCUGACGCUGUGACAAAUAUUUUGGCUGAAGAGAAAAAAUCCCCUGAAGUGGAGGAACGUCUCCCCAUGUUGGGGGCACAUAAAGAAAAGCUAGCGCAGAUAGGUCGCGUGCUAAGUGAGAAAUGGGCAGAAGAUAAUAACUCAAAUUGUAUGAACAUUGCCCAUGAGGUGGGAGGCAUCCCUAAUGAGAGUAAUCCACACACAAUUAAGAGGCACCAUUUGGGGGGGCUAACCCGUGUGCAUUUACCCCCAAGCGGAAAAGAGACAAAGGGAGACCAUUCGAGAAGGCACCUUCAUAACAGCUUUGUUCAGAUCCCCUCCAUGGAAAAAUGGAAAAAAGAAAAUGGCCUGAGGAAUGACUCGCAUCCGUUGAGUGGAGACCCACAGCCAGCCGAGAAAGAACCCAAUUCGGCAUCAAGUCUGGUCUUCUCGAGGGGCACAUUUGUGCACAAACAUGAAGAUGCUAAUGCAGACGGGUUGGAGGCGGCGCAGGGGAGAGAUGCACAAAAUGAGGUGAGCCUGUUGAGCGAAAUUAGAAAUGUUGAGAAGAGCACUGAUGAGGACUCCCCCCAUUCGAGUGACCUCUCUGCAUCUGGCCACGUCCAGGUAAAAGCAAAGCAAUGCACAAGUGUAUCGAACGAACAUGGACCCCUUUCCAGGGACACCCCUUCGCAUGACAAGGGGGAAGAACUCUCCAAAGGCAAUUUUCGAGCCGAUAAAGCUCCCACAUUUAGGGAUGAGGCUGCCAAAUGGGGUCAGCCGAACAGGUCCGAUGUUAAGGAGGCGACCGACUCGAACUGCAACAGAUGGAUUCUUCACAAAAAUGGAAAUGUAGCCAAUAAAGCGAGUGCUCCUAAUGGAGUGAGCGCGCAGAGUGGCAUCCCAAACGGUAAAGCGGUUCACAAAUUCGGCCCAUGGAUGAACAGAGGUUGUUACCCCCCACAGGGCAAGUACACUCUGCCCGGGGUGUCUCCUUACAAGGCACACCAGGGUAGAAGCGUUGCCAUGUGCAACCCGGUGAUCAAUCCGAUGCUCAAUCCGGUGAUCAAUCCGGUGAGCAACCCAGUGAUCAAUCCCAUGUGUAGUGCCACGCCAGACAAGCUAACCAAAUUGCAGAGCAAAAACGUACCAGUGCAAUUUCGCACACGUGCGGAGGAGGAAAAAGUGAAGUACGCACAGCGCCCCUAUUUUAACAAAACCAACGGGAUGGUGAAGCUACCCAACGGGGGUUACCUACUUCAGGGGAACAAUACAGUGGGGCAUACCUUAGGCGGGGAUUUUGCGAAUAAGUUCGCGCAAAUUGGGGAGGAACGCUCGCCAAUCGGGGUGCGAAGCGGUAUACCAAGCGGGGUGCGAAGUGGUAUACCAAGCGGUUUGCGACGCGGUACACCAAGCAGUUUUCGAAGCGGCAUUACCAACGGGGUGGAAACAAAAAUGCACAACUCGGAGGACCUGCUGUACCGAAGCGACAACUACAAAAGUGCCCGAUGCGCGUACGGGGCUGUGGACGUCCCGCCUCUUUACACCACGGGUAAAACUGCCUUCAGUAAAGAUCCGUAUGUGGACCUUCCCCACUACGCUCUGAGACAGAACUACAAUGGAGCGAACUGCCCAAGUGCACCCACACAAGUGGUUGCCAACCAAAAUGCCGAAAUGUAUGCAAAAGAAUCUGCACCAAAAAUUCCCUCCUGUGAAGAGAGCACCACAAAAGAUACACCCCAUGAUGGUGUAAACCUACCCCUUAGAAAAAGCAACCCUGAGGAGGACGGGUUACCAAUUGUGGGGGUACUUUCCCACAAGGGGGAACCCCAAACGGGCGCAAAUAAUUACCCCCCAAGUGGAGACAACAACCCCCAUAAGGACCUUAACCAGGCGGGAGAUAACAGCUCUUACAAGAAAGAGCCCACUCCGACGUUCCAGACGUAUCUCAAUGGGGAAACAGCGGAUUCUCUCCAAGGGGGGUUCCUACCUGGGCAGCCGGGGGGACCCCGCAGCGGGAAGCAGAAUGUCAACACGGUCAGCAGUGGCCAGCAACACAUCAACCCGGUCAGCAGUGGCCAGCAACACAUCAACCCGAUCAGCAGUGGCCAGCAACACAUCAACCCGAUCAGCAGUGGCCAGCAACACAUCAACCCGAUCAGCAGUGUCCAACGUAAUAUCAACCCGAUCAGCAGUGGCCACCACAAUGUCAACCCGCUCAACGGUAGCCUCCCCAAUGGCUCCCACCCCCCAACAAGCAAACUUCCUGCCAGCAUGCAGGGCAUCACCGACAGGCACCUACGGCAGAACGGCUCACCAAACAGCGGACCUGCGCUGUACAACCCCAUUGUGGGAGCCAACAUGCCCAGAGUAAAUAACAACAUUAAAAUGUUCGCCUUUAACGAGGAAGGCAUAGAAGCUCACCUUGAAAAUCAAAAAAGGAACAAAAACCAGGGGAAGAACCCCCUUUACCCUUACAUGCAACAAAAUAUGCGCAACUACGGUGCACAAAUGCCAAACAAUUUUUAUAACUUCAAAAAUGGAUGCUACCAACCGAGUGGUAGCCCCCCCGACGAUGCAAAAAUCAGAGCAGCAUGUCUAAAUCAGCAUGCAAUGAACCAGAAUAAAAAUGUUUUAAAAAAAGGAAGCGAACAAUAUUUCGGAAGGGCUGUGCCAAAACCCGCUAUGUGUACCUAUGCACCAUACGGAGAUAAGCCAUAUGCUCCACAUAAUGCUACCCUACAAAAUGAGCACCUCAAAAAAUGUAGAUUUUUAUAUACAGAAGGACUGCCCAGCGUAGCGACGGAAAAUCCCUUUUCCGUUUUUAAAACGAACCAAGAGAAGUUAAGUGGCCCUUACAGCGCCACUGCCAGUGGCAACUUCAACCCGGUUGAACGUGCGGCACAUCGUGCUGAUCAAAAUGUGCAAAGCAGAGUCGGGGCAUAUGCCCCAAACGGUGACGCCCGUCGGGUGGUGGUUCCCGGUAGAGCGGGGCAGUUCCCCUCCCCCUAUGUCCACUGGCCACAAUGUGCACCGCAGAAUGUGCUUCACAGGUCGCCCCAUAACGCGAAUUUUAAUAGCUCCCCAAUAAACAUGCAUAGCGAGAAGGAGAACCCCAGUGGCAUUUCUCCCCCCGAUGGGCGCAGCUCCCCCUGCAGUGGCUAUCACCCUCGAGGAGCGAGUCUAAUCAAGCAGAGUCCCCCAAGGGAAGAACAGAAAGGGCAAACUGGAUAUCCGCUCAGAAGUUUAGCCAAGCAGCCGAACCAACAGGGGGCCAAACUAACAAGCUCGCUCGCGUCGCCCAACAAGGUAAAGGGGAACACGCACCUGGCAGUGACUUUCCUCGACGAGCCUUUCAUAAUAAAAAGCGACGCCCAUCAGGGUGGUGAACAUCAAGAUGGUGCGCAUCAAGACGGUGCACAUAAAAAUGGUGCAUUUCAAGGUGGCCCGCAUAAAAAUGGCCCAUUUCAUGAUGGCGCGCAUCCAAAUAAAUCCCCCCUCGAGAGUGCCCCCCACAUGACUCGCAAUCACAACCCAACCAGUGAUGAACAGCUCAGCUCUAGUACCCAAGCAAACCUGCCCCACCAGCCAAACAACUGCACAGAGUGGGAGAAAUCCGAGGGGGCGCGCAAAUUCGAUCUAAAGUACAACGAAAUAAAUUUUAAAAGCAUCCAGUGUGUAGAGCAGACAAAUGGCCAGUUUGCGGACCACAUAUAUAACAUGGCCAAAGGUUGCAGCACAGCAUGCUCUGCAAGGGAAUACACCUACACAGAUAACAUGUGUGUGAAGAGAGAAAAUUCAUUUGGAAAAAGCAGAAAAUUUUCUCCCUUUUUUGGACUACGUAAUAGUGGUGGCAAUCAAUCAAAUACAGAGACAGAGGAUCUCACAGAGUCCACACAAAAGAAGAGUCCCACUGCCAAAUCGUUUCAGUUGAGUGUUCAGCUGGGAGAUCGCGAGUGGGGCAAAAUUAAAUUCACUCGUGAAGACACCCUUGAUGAUAAGAUUAGCGAGUUUAUUGAGAGUAACAACUUAAAGAAAAUCUUUUUAUCCCCCUUUCGGGAAAAAUUGAAGUAUAUGCUGCAAAAUGAUUUGCCCAAGUGGAGCAUGAGCAUUACUGAUCUGCUCUGAGGGGGUACCUCUGCUCGAGGGCAAUUCUAUCGCCAGCAUCAGUGUAUGCAUGUUUGUAGCGUGGUAGGUGUAGUUACCUACGUGUGUGAGUAUACCCCUUCCUCUCGCUCUCCCCUCCAUAGGUGCACAUUUUUGUCCCUCGCCCUUUUUGAGAGCCCCUCGAAAAUGUUUUGAAUAUUCGCAUGCGUUAUAAGUCGGAAUUGUUUUGUGGCC